CUUUUUUGACAAAAAAGAGUUUGACAGCUUACAGCUACUGUUGCUGUAUGAUGCGAUUUGUUGAAUUUUAGUUAAAAAAACACUAAUUGGAAUGGGGUAAUCACAAUUAAAACAAUGGAUAACUUCUACUGCCGCUUCUGCGCCGAGCUUAAGAGCUCUGAAAAGCUCCUUAACUUUCAGGACGACUCGGAAAAACACGACGAAAUAGUAUUAAAACUUGCGUUUGUUAAUGCUGUGUAUGUGAACGUAACAAACACUGAUACAUUGCCGAAAACUGUUUGUUUGGUAUGCUACAACAAUCUGAACAAAGCCUACGAGUUCCUGGACGGCGUGAAGCGCGCACAAGACGUAUUAAGCAACAUAUUCACCGAAUCGACAACAGACGACAACAAAUGCGAUGUCUCCGAUGACGAUAGAUGCACAACUUUUGACGAUUUCCUUUGCAAUGAGGACUCUUCUACAGUCAAAUUGGAAGAGACCAAGUAUGAGGAACCGCCCCAAAUAGAUAUAAGUUUGGAAGUUAAGCAUGAGAUGAAGGAAGAGCCUGAAUUGGAUGAUCAGGCGUACGAUGACUCUUUGAACGUGCAGGCAAUACUUGACGCCGCUAUAUGCAAUGCCUCCUUCAGCGCCAACGUCACUAUAUUCGCUAAAGAGCUCUCAGACUUGAGUAAAAAGGUUGUAAAGUCAUGGAAAGAUUAUCCGUGGGUGUGUGGCUAUUGUAAUAUUGAGUUUUUAAACAUAGAUAUGCUAAGGUCCCACUGUAAGGUGGUGCACGGGAAGUGUUCUGCGUUUAUGUGCAUAGAUUGCAAAGCUGGAAGGAAUGAGGAGUUCACCAGCUUCGUUAAACAUGUUCGGAAACAUAGGAAGAUAUUGAGGAACCAUUGCUACUACUGCGACCUGGAAACAGACAAAACGGAGAAACUCACAGCUCACAUAAAGGAACACUUCGUCAAAUCCGAACUACCAUGUCCACUCUGCGGCGAAAUACUUAAAAACGAGGAUUCACUUAAAAUACACUUACAAGACUAUAAUAUAACUAAACAGAAACGCAGACCGAGAAGGAAACCUGGGACCCCGAUCACCAUUGAAGAUCUAACCUGUGGAUUAUGUAAGAAGGUAUAUAAAAACCCUAACAGUCUCCGAGAUCACAUGAAGUUACAUACGAUAGACCGUAAGAGAAACUACACCUGUGACCGAUGUGGCAAAAUGUUUUACAACAAAGGUACACUGACAUCUCACAUCCUGUCUCAUGAUAAAAACCGUCCACACGUAUGUAGAAUUUGUAAUAAGUCGUUUUUGUACCCAAAUAUGUUACGGAGACACGUUGAGAUGCAUUCUGGAGUGAAACCAUUCUCCUGCGAACAGUGCGGUAGAUGCUUUAGGCUUCAAUAUCAGUUAAAUGCCCAUAAAAUCAUUCACACUGACUCAAUGCCUUACGUAUGUUCAUAUUGCAACAAAGCGUUUAGAUUUAAGCAGAUUUUAAAGAAUCAUGAACGACAGCAUACCGGUGCAAAGCCCUAUUGUUGUCAGCAAUGCGGUAUGGAGUUCACAAACUGGUCUAAUUAUAAUAAGCAUAUGAAGCGGAGACAUAAUACGGACACUUCGAAGAAGAAGAUCACUCCGGAAGGUGUAUUUCCUAUCAAUCCGGAGACUGGUCAGAUAAUGCAGGUCCAAGAUCCGGUUGGUACCGAGGAGUGGAAGAGUAAGAUCAUGAUCCCGGGGAAGAGAGGGAAGAAAAAGGUUAUAAAACAUGAGGAUAUUUAGCUAGUACUACGGUUUCAGUUUAUAUAUGAUAGUCGAAAAGUAACUUUAAGAUGAAGGUUAUAACGAACAUUUUGCAAUGGUUGUCUUUAUUAACUUGCGCCAUUUUUUUUAUGGAUUUUUUUUUUCUCGUUAAUUAUUUUAAAGAACACAUUAAAUCAAGUUUUCUAAGUCAAAGCCAAAGUACUUAACUACUUUUGAAACGUCAACAAAGAAAGAAAUAAACAUUAGUCUGUCAGUCUGUCCGUCAGUGGAGCUAGGCGCUCGUUUCAAAGUGGUGUAGCUUCGAAUGAAGAAGAAAGAGCAAGAAACUCCAUUAGUUACUCUUAAAAAAAAUCUACAUUCUGUCAUAAUACUUCAAUAGAUUUCCAUUUCCAAUCUUAUUUUUAUGUUUAUAGAGUUGAAAUUAUAUUGAAAAAUGAUUAAAAGCCAAUUGAGCACAUUGCUACUGCAAAUAGCAACUUAUUACUGUGAAAAUAAGGUUUAUAAUCACUGCCAAUUCAUGCCUGUUGUUAAUGUAUUGUUAAUAGGAAAUGUACUUAUUUUAUCGUUAUGUAUAUGUUUGUUAUAAGUAUAUAAUGUACUCAAACACUGCUGGGCUGUAUAUGAAUGGAUUUUCAGUCUUAUGCUUUUGUGAUAAGAUUGAAAAUGAAAGUUCAGAUAUAGGUACUUAUUUCUGUCUUAAAAAAAAAGUGAGAAGUUGUAUAGAAUUAAAAAAAUCACAAAAUGUACUUAUGUAAAGAUUAUUUAUGUUUCCUCAAUCCUUAUAUUGUAUUUUUAAUAAAAUUUCAGACAUUGGUACUUAUUUCUGUUUGAAAAAAGUGGGAAGUUGUAUAAAAUUAAAAAAAUCACAAAAUGUACUUACGUAAAGAUUAUGUUUCAUCAAUCCUUGUAUUUAAUUUUUUUUAAGUUGUUGAUGGUACUUAGAACAAGCUCCGAAUACGUCCAAUUCUCCUCAAAUCCCCAAAAGGUCAAUAACGAACUUGUAACUCCUCUGGUGUUGCGGGUGCGCUCGGUUGAGCCACUUAAAAACACGUUUUUUAUGGAAUAAGCCGGUAAACGAGCAGCGGAUCACCUGUUGGUAAGCAAUCCCCGCUGCCCAUCGACACUUGUAACACCAGAGUCGAUACAAGUGCGUUGCCGGCCUUUUGAGGGUUAGGAAUUUAAGGGUUGUUGGGGAAUCGGGGAUUAGGAAGUGAGAUAAUUGGGCCACUUAAUGAAUCCACUGUAAAAUAAUGAUAGUUUAAUAGUAUUAUUACUUAAAUUAAAGUGAUUUAUUUAUGUCAUAGUUUGUACAAUAAUAGCCAUGUAAGUCGCACAGCUUUGCAGUAAGAAAUGCAAUAUUAUAUUAUAUUUUACUAUGAAAAUAAUUAACUAGUGUAAAGCACACGAUUCUGUGAAUAAAUGAGUUUAGUUACUUAAA